AUGUCUGCGCUGCACGCUGCCGUAGGUGGACAUGCAGGCAAGCCGCACCUACCGUACCGCGACCUGCACAAUGUGGGAACAACCGCGCCAACUAAAACGCCGGACAUCACAAUGGACAUGGCCGGUCGCCGACAUGAAGCUCACCUCAGCACCGAAGUGCUCCGACCCUCCCUGCUCAUCGUCACGGGGGAGGAGCGAUGGGACGGCUCGAGAUCAGCGUCUCUAUUUGCCGUGCUUCAUUCUGCUCUACCUUGCAAGCCUAAUCGUCUCGGCACCAUCCAACCGUUGCCACCGCAAAGCGCAGUGGGCGAGCCAAAGUGUGUCGACGUGGACACUGAGUUCGGUAGGUUGCGCGUUGCUUUGACGCGUCCGAAGCAUGAUGAGCAAGAAACCACCCUUCCCCCCGUCCCCCAUCCUCAAAGGCUGAGCCAAAAGCUUGGGUGGAAGCAUAAGGCUUCGCCCGAGCCGGAAGAAGCCACCGGAAGCGCCGAGGCAGCACUAAAAGCUGAGCGGCGGCAGAACCGCAACGCCUGUGAAGUCAGUGGGUACCAUUUUGGCUCGACGAUGGCGGCGACAGCGGCCCCGCCCCACGUCACGCUGCAUGGAUCAACGAGUGGCGACACGAGAUUGCACGCGAUGUCCACGCCCGUACCUUAA